CACGUUGUUACACCUGUCAUCGCGCCGCGCGUGACCUUUUACCUUUGACGUAUAACUGUACAAGCACGCACCUGGGGUUUCAGCUGUCAAAUGUUUGUAGUGCUGCAGAACUUACCGUAGUGAUGUUCUAGCGGGAGCGAAUGGUGCACGGAAUAUACUCGGGGGAUUUUAAUUAUUUUUCUACCACUAGAUAGAAUUUAACAGUAGAUUUGGAUUAUUAGUGAAAAAUAAACAUGAAGAAUAGCGACGAAAGCCAUAAAAUAACGGAAACUGUGUACAAGAAUCUUGCGGAGAAUUUCAACCCUGGAGUACGGCAAAUCAUAGCAUGCGGAAAACUGUACCACAAGGCCUUGCAAGGCCUGACUGUUGCUGCAAGGGCCUACACAGAAGCCCUGAUGAGGGUGGGGCAGUCAGCAAGAACCACGUGCUCAGGGGGCACUGAGGAAAUGGGUGAAGCAAUAUAUGAAAUAGCAGAAGCUCAAAAAGAAAUACAGGCCCGAGUUGAAGACAAUUCCAAAGCCCUAUUUACAGAGCUAAUUUUGCCAUUGGAACAGAAGCUAGAAAAUGAAUUUAAAAGAUCCUCGUCCCAGUACAAAAAAUAUUCUAAUGGUCACAAGGUCGUUUGGGCUCCCUACAGUAAAGCAGUGGAAUCGCUGAAGAAAUUUCGCAAAAAAAGUCGAAACAAACCCAUGUUUGAAGAGCAAAAGGAAUCCCAGCACAUGAAAACACUUGAAAGAUGUCAAGAAAAGUUGGAUGAAUUCAGAAUGAAUGGACUUAAACUGGCUCUUCUUGAGGAGAGGAAAUGUCACUGUUUUCUAUUGGACAGACUAAAUGCCAUGGCAACACUUUAUGCUAAUCACCAUAAACAGUCUGCUGAAACUUUGAUGAUCGGACUCACAAAAUGGAAGCAGCUCUCUGUCAAACCUCACAUCUUGCCACCAGAAGCGGACCGACUUUUAAUGAUUCAGGAUCGGGAUCACAUGAGUGAAAUAAAUGGAGGACUGUACAGAAAUGACCUUGAGACGAGAUCAUUAGGAAGUCCGUACCGGAGGUCACAGAGUAUUCACGAUGUCCACAGACGCCCAAUACCUAUACACUCCGAGGGCGGAUCAGACAUUUACACAAAGACUCUGCCUCAUGGGCGGGUAGUGCCACCACCUCCACCGACGUCGGGGCUACAGGUCAGGGCGGUGUACUCACACGAUGGGGAGGGGGAAACCAAAAUGUCAUUUAUGGAGGGUGACAUGAUCAACAUCAUUGGGGAGAAAGCCUCAGAUGGCUGGCAGUAUGGUCUCAACACAAAAACCGGAAAAUAUGGUUGGUUUCCACUGUCUUUCACAGAACCAUUCCAUAUGCCCCCUAUGAGAGAAGGGCAUUCCAUGAUGAACGGUAGAGUGAAGAGUAUGGGUGAUUUAUUGGAUGAUUCGCCAGAAAAUGGAAGUUAUUUCAUGGAACACAGUAUGCCAGGAAGUGCUCAAAGACCGAAAUCCCUGUACGAGGGUUCGGGAACCAGAUUACCCAUGAACAGUAGCCCACCAGCUAUGAGGUCACAAAACCAUCACCCUGGGUGGAAUGGGCCACACCCUAACGUUAUGGGGUCUUAUUCUUUACCACGACAAUUCACAGGGCAAGGGCCAUAUAUGAGCUCUGAUACGGACCACCUUUACCAAUUUCUGCCCUCAGACCAACAGCAUACUGGAGACAGAGCACCCAAUGCUUAUCAUCAUCAGGACCCUCAUUUUACUGAGGCUAGGGGCACUAACCCCCCUUCUCCCCCUUUACCCCCACCCCCUUCCCCCCUCGCCUCCAAACAAUCCUCCCCGAGGAAUGGUACUCCCUCCUCCUCCCGUUCUUCUGCCUCUCCUAGCAUAAGCUCCUCCUUCCGAUCAGAAUCUCCAAUCAGAAGAAAUGCUGCACAACAAUGUCAAAAAUUUAACCAAUCAGCUUUCACCAUUCCACCAGCACCCCCUCUUGCUCCUCCCACUUCUGCACCAAUCACAAACACUCAUGCUUCAACUGCACAGUCUGAGAAUUCAGUUUACCACAAUUUAUACCAGAGCACCCAGGGAAGCAUGCCGGGGUAUGGGCACCUGUCUCGUCAACAACACAGCAUUCCCCCACCCCCUCCUCCCGCCCCUCCCGGGCCCCCUCCCAUCGGUGGACAACAGCGAGGACCUGCAAAGAAUUAUGGGACAGAUGAAGAGGAUUCAGAUUUCAGAAGAAAUCCUAAUUUUGCCCACGUCAGUUUGAGGAGAACGGUGACCAAUGACAGAUCAAAACCUCGAUUUUAGUUAACGGAUGGACAUUAAACCUCAUAUUUUAUCUAUGGAUGGAUGUUAACCUCACUUUACUCCAUGGAUGGAUCUACAGCUCAUAUUACCAUCGCUAAUUUGGAUCUAAAACUUAGCUGGAAUCUGUGAAUUGCAGGAUUAUUAAAUUUAUAGAUUAGUUCAGUUCGUGAAUUUGAAACUGAUAUGUCAAAAUGGUCUAUAGAUAUAAAUAUUGAUUUUAUUCUAUGGAUGUAAGUUUUAGAUCAUGGAAUAGGUGCUAUUACAUUAAAUGAUUGACUCUCAGAACAAAUUUGUACAUCUACAGAUACAUAUUGAACAUUGUAUUUGUAUUAAUUCCUGAUGUCUUUUCAUGUCCUUUAAAAUUGAACUCUUUUAAUGCUUCCAUCUCUGUAAAUUCAAUGUCUAACUCCAUAAACCGGUAUUUAUAUGUUAUAUGGCAAGGUUCUUGAAAUCUAUAUCAAUAUACAGUGUAUCAAGUGCUGUCAUACAAAAGUUACGACUAUAUGCUACCUGAAUCAUGUUGCUAACAUUACUAUGCAUAAAAUACCUUUUUGUGUACACUAUAUCAUUCAGUGAAAAAUGUAUAUUCUACAUGAAAUUAUAAUCAGUAAAUGCAUGUACAUUAUAAAUGAAUUGGUUGGAGUCACAUACCCUUAGAUAUAUACCUUCGACUUUCGUAUCCUAAUUAAUAAUGUCAAGAUGCAAUGUGAAUUUCAGCAAUUUGUGUAAAUUUAUGUAUGUCCCUGCUGCAUCUUUAAGUCAGUGGUAUCCACUGAACAACAAUGUAAGAUGAACAUAUCUUUGUCAAUUAAAUGCAAAUUUAAUUGUAACGCACUUUUAUAAAAAAGAAAUGUAGUGCAUAGGGCUUAGAGGUACCUUAACCUAAAAUUACUUUCCUUCCAAACAUUUUGACGAUCAUCAAAACUGAUUUCCAAAAAUUUAGAUUCUCUUUAUAUAUCUGAUAUUGAUAUUGAACAUUAAUUUUAAGUGCUGGUGUUCAUAAUUUGAUAAAAGUCCCCAUAAAAUAUUUUUGUUUUAUUUUCAUGCUUGUAUCAUUUUUCAAUUACAGCAUUAUAUUUUCACACAAUUUUUAUAUUGCCAGCAUACAAUUUUUUUGACUUUUGUAUUGGAUAAACAAAUGAUGAAUUUUUUAAGAUAUCCUGUCUGUAAUGCUACAUAUGUAAUUACAAUAAUGAAAGUGUUCAAUGAGGACAAUUUAUCUAGGAUAUGUUCAUAUAGACUCAGGGAUACAAUAAUUAAGGGCUAGUUGGCCAGUUUUUACAGGUGCAUUACAAAUGGACCAAACCCACUAACCCCUAAAACUUGCUAUGAUGCAGACAUCUUUAAAUAUUAAUAUUUAUAUUCAGAAUAUAUGUACUUACCAAAAAAUUGUAAUAUUUGAAAACUUUCUGUUAAACAACACAAAUGUAAACCAAGAAAAUUCAUUAUAUAUGGUACUUAUUAAAAGAUUUUUAAAUGAUAAGGUUCUUUUAUAUUGUAUAUUCCAGUUGUUGUUUCUUGUACAUUUUAUCAUGAUCAAGUUUUUUUUUCUAUAUUUGAUAUUAUAUUUCAUGUGUGGUUAUAUCAAACUAACAAUGUCUAUGAUGAAUAAUAUUUUUGACAAUAUUCUGAUAUGUACCUGAACUUGUAAAAUCACUGAAUAUACAAUACUAAAACUGUAUGUACAAACAUACAAUGUACAUGUAUAUCAAGUACUUACUGUAUAUAGGGUUAUUUUCGCCCCGUGUAAUUUUCGCCCCUCUACACUUGAAAAAGUUUCACUGAGUCUUGAAUUUGCCCAGACACAGUUAUGUUUAAAGAAAGAUAAUAUGAGACAUUGGCAUUCGUCCAGUCUUAAAUUCGCCCGCUGGCAACGAACCCUGUCAACGAGGGUGAUAGGGGCGUAAAAUAAAAUGGGGGCGAAUAUUUCUCUGUACAUACAGUAGAAUCUACUUAAAAAUGUAUGCAUAUAUACGUUGUGAAUAAGGGUAUUCCAUCAUCUUUUGAACACAAAUAUAUAUAUAAACAAGUAUAGUAAUACUUUCCCUCUCAGAAAUCUGACAUCAUGUAUUUUCACAAUUUUCUUCCAAAAUUCUCCAAUAUUUCACUAUUAUUAUUAAUCUGUGACCUUACAUUGUUGAACAAUGCUUGCAGCUUUAGGUAUCAAUAUAUAUGCAAAACCUGCACAGAAAAGCUGAGUAUGUUGUUACAAAUUGUUAUAUAUUAUCUAUAAUAUCCAUUGUUUAAUGUUAAUAAACAAAUAUCUAUAAAA